AUGGAGCAGUCCUCGGCUCAGAACCGAAUGCCGGGUCUGCCCCAUACCAGAACACCUCAGGGACCCUCGCCACAAUUCUGGAACAGUAUGGAGUCCAUGUAUCCUGAUUCACAGAUUCAAUCUUCCCAAUCCCAGCAGCCUCAGGAUGCAUCCUCUCAGCAACCAUUGGGAAUUGGCUGGGAUCAUCCAGUGCUUCAACAACAGCAGAUGCUCCAACAUCAACAGACCCAGAUGACGUCGCCGAAUGACCCCAAUCUUGAGAUUUACUCCAUUCCCCAAUCAUGGCAGCCAAACCCAUUGCAUCAACCUGGUCGUGGCUAUGUCCCAUCUCCUCAAUUCCAGACCGCACAACCACUGCAGCAGUUUCCACCAAAUCAAAUGCAGUAUGAUUCGCAUUCCCUGCAACCGUCCGAGAGCUCGGCCUUUCCUUCCUACUCCUUCCCACCGAACUUCUAUCCGCAACAACUCUCCGUGCAAGACUCGUACCAGGCACGCCCUUCACAGCAAAAUCCGCAGUCUGCGGAGUUCCAGGUGCCUACCCCGCAGCCUACCUUGUCUCAGUUCGCCGCGCCACCUGGGUAUCCCCCGGCUGAUUUGCACAAUACCAUCGACCUCACCCAAGACUUCCCCUCCGAACCUGGACAUCACCAAACCAUCGACCCACAAUUUUUGAACCCGACAACGCAAUCUGCACAACGUCAAGUCGUGAACAACAAUUUCUUGUAUGGAAAUCCUGCCGAGUUUGACCGGGCUGGUGGGCAGAUGUUCGACUAUUUUGAGAAUGACAUCUCCGCUCAACCUCAAUUCCGUGUUGGCCCCGGUCAUGCUAACCCUCAAAACGGUAUGUUUGCUUCAAGUCACAUGGGUCUCCCUGUUCCCGAGAGCAUAAGUGCGGCAAAGAAGCCUACCAAGAAACAGCCAGCAAAGAAAACUGCGAAGAAGGAGAACAAGGCAAAGGGGGCUAGUAGUGAGAGCUCUGAGGACUCUGAGCUGGAAAUUGAGGCCCCACCUGAGCCAUCGCCCAUCCCCGCAGUUCGGCCGAUUGAGCCCAUUGCAGCAGCUGUGUACGAUACUCUGCAGGCCGUGUGGUCGCCUCGAAACAAGAAAGUUUCUGCCGAUAAAGUAAAGAACGGGCUGAUGGCCUUCAAAGAAAUUAUUAAGACUCUUCGGGAUUCUUGGAAAGACCAGGUUCAGGCGAUGAAGAACGCAGAGAACCAAGGCGAUAAUGAAAAAGCCACCGAGUUGAAGAAAAGUGUGAUUUUGCAGCGCCAGACAAUGGAUAAGAUCAUGACCACCGCAAUGGAGAUGGGUCAUCCUGUGAUCGUCGAGAAGUAUGCUCCCCUCCCCAGUCCUGCCCCCACCGUUCCCUUGUACCAUGCAUGCGGAGAACAUCCGGUGGCACUUGCAGCCAUCUACUCCUUUCUGGCAGACCGAUUCCAGGCCGCUGAUUUUGAAGGAUCACUGACCAUUAACAUGAUCAAGCUUCUGGCGCAAUUCAUUACUGUAGAUGAAGAAAUUUUGCAGAAAACCAACCUUACUAAGCUGCUACCUCGCUUCAUUAAGAAAGGUGGACCAUCUAUCAAGGAGCCAGCGCAGAAAAUCUUAGAUAAUGCUGCGGCCGCUACUAAGUGGAAGCAAAAGAAUGCCGAGAUAGCGGAUGAUUCCUCAGCGAAAGGCUCGUCUGCAGAUUCUCCCUCGGCGGAAAUUGCUGGCUCGAAACGCCCACGAGACGGUGAGAGUAAUACCCAGCCUGCCACGAAGCGGAUGGUUGUUACGUCGAACCCAAAGGAUCUGAGUAAACCUGCCGUGCCAGCUAAUGGUGUGGGCAAGCGACCUGUCGAAGGCGCUCAGAAUGGCAAGGCCGCCACCACAGCAGCGCCUCGCCCUAGAGCCAAUGUUGUGGCACCCAAGCCUUCAAGUCUUUUUGGCGCAUUGAGCUCUGCUUCCAAGCGACCAGGAACAACAAAUGCCGAAAGAGCCGCAGCAAUCGCUGCAGGGAAGCCUGCACCUGCUGCGGAGAAGAAGGAAAAGCCCGCAGCACCCCCUCCUAAACCCGCUUUCUCCUUUGGUGACAUCAUGGCCGAUCUCAGCAAACCCAAAGAGCCCGUUGUCGUCAAGCCCACUGAGGAAAGAGCCCCGGAGACGGAAGAAGAACGGACAAAGCGGCUACGUAAAGAAGAGCGACGCAAGCUGCGUGUCACCUGGAAACCAGACGAUUCACUCACAGAGGUCCGGUUGUUCACCCAUGAUCCUGACGAAGAGCUGGGCCCUGGUGAUGGUUCCUUGCGCGGCGCGGGAGAUGUGAAGGGCGAAGGGAGUGUUCUCAAGCUUCACAAAGAUUUGGAGGAGCUAGAGGAAGACGACCUUGGUGGUAUGCGGGAGAUCAGUUACGGCGAAUACCCUGCUCUCACUGAAGUGGUCAUUGAAUCGGAUGAAAUGAAGAACGGCAACUUCAUUAAACGUGGCGGAAACCAAAUCCCCAGCAGCCCCGAGAAAGAGGCUCAGGAUCACCGCGACCGACGUCCCCUCGACUCCGAAGGAGCCCCCGCUCCUGAGGCCGACGAGGCUGUCCCUGAUGUUAUUCCUUUCGGAGAAUUGCCCGAUACCAUCAAGGCCCGGCAAGAACGGUACUUCGAAUACAUGAAUCCCAAACCCGCGCCGCCUCCCCCGGCUCAGCUCCAACCCCAGCCAAACCAAGCAGCCGGUGGAUUUGACAUUUCCAAUAUCUUGAAAAUGAUCCAUGCAGGAACGCAACAGCAAUCAACACCCCCACCGCAGACCGCGCAACAACCUGCGGCCCCGAUGUCCGAUCUGGAGCGCACCAUCAACAUGUUUCGCCAGCAACAGCCCAUCGUCCCUCAAGUUCCUCAAGUCCCUCAAGCCUCGUUACCUCAGCUACCGGUUGGGGGCAUUGAUUUCCAAAAUAUUCUUAAUGUCAUGAAACAGUUGCAGCCAGGCGCAUACACCCAACCACAGCAGACCCAGCCUGCAAUUGCUCCCAACUUCGGAGCCAUGUUCGGGCAAUUCCCCGGUCAGAACCAACAGUCCGGUCCCCCACAGCACAUGCAGUCAGGAAUAAAUUACGAAGAUCCUGAACGUCUGAAACGCAUGCGUGAGGACCCAUCGGCCGAUGGCCAGUACGACCCUUCAUGGAGUCGUCAGAAGCGGACCAAAGCCAACGAGACCAAGCCGUACAAAUAUGGACUGGUUGCAUGCAAGUUCUGGGCUGAAGGGAAAUGCAGAAAAGGCGACAACUGCACUUUCCGCCAUGAUUAA